UGCCAGCUGUUGAAAAGGGAAAGGGCGGGGAGACCCUGAAGACCCUUCCGUAUGAUUAGCUAACCAACAGGUUGCACAAUUUUUUUCCCACCAGGUAUUUCCCCCUCGUAAGCUAUAAAUUGGACGCCCGAAAAACCCUGUAUGACACAUUCUUCUUCUUCUUCUUCUUCUUUACCAAACAACAAUGUUAUACUCCACUGACGGACGCCCCGCCCAUGAUGCUAUGACUACCGAUGGGUUUGUUAUCAUUGAUAAUCUCAUCAAGCCUGAGCUACUAGAGCCUCUUCGUCAAGCAGCCGAACGGGUCAUCAAGAAGGCACGAGAUGGUGAAUGGAAGGAACGACGACUAGUUGGUACUCCAUUCCCCCCGUGGAACGAAGGAACAGACGUGUGGGGAGUUCAGCAUCUCUUGAACCCGGAGCUCGGUGAACCUGUCUUCGCCGAAUGGUAUGGUAGCGAGGAGAUGAUCAAUGCCGUUUGCGAGCUAUUGGAAGUGAAGCCCGAAGAAUUGCAACUCGAGUUGUUCAACAUGCUGGUUAACCCACAAGAUUCUGAUUUCGAUCUCCCCUGGCACCGUGACGCCAUCAAGCCAAAGGUACCUGCAGAUGAGGAGCGUGAACUUCUUAAAAUUCCUCACUAUGGAACACAAUGGAAUACCGCUUUGUAUGACGAAUCUUGCUUAUUCGUUGUUCCAGCCUCACACCAUCGGAUCAGAACCGCUGAAGAACGAGAAAUCACUGUCAAUGAUCCUUUGAGUCGCAAUAUGCCCGAUCAACUUCAGGUUCAUCUGAAGGCUGGCCAAACCGUCUUCUAUAACAACAAUAUCUUGCACCGUGCCAUCUAUUACUGUGCCAAUAAGCGUGCCACACUUCACGCUUCCUUUGGAAGCACUGAAGGAGGACAUCAUCGUGCUGCCAACAUUUUCCAACACGGUUUGGACUGGAUGAACGAAGACCGCUUUGUUAAAACCCUGCCACCUUCAUUGGAAACUCCUUAUAAGAAUCUCCAAGCCAUGAGCAAGCGUGCUCAGCUGGAAAAGGAACAGAAACAACCUGUUUCUGCUAGCGCAUAGUUCGUGACUCAUUAAUGUUAGGAUAGUAGCCUUCAUGUAGCUUAUAAAUAUAUGUUUUGUAUAUGCCAUUUC